CAUUCGUUGGUGGCGCGGUUCAGAAUAAGGAAAACGAAUUAAUAAGGAAGGAAGGUUGUUUAUACCAGGAAGUUGUUAUAGUGACAAAAACGUGAUUAAUGUGAGACAUGUAUGUAGUUAUUUAUAUGUUUAUAAUCGUAUUCAGUUAAAAUGUACAAUUUUCGUCCUACCAACACUAAAGAUCUUGGUGGGUUUCUUGAGGGAAAUACCAAUAUUAUUGGUAGUUCCAAUGAGUGUCAGUCUUCGGCAACUGAUAAUCCAAAGCAAGGCAACAUGGCGAUAUUUGCCACGCGAUUGGCGACUUUCUCCUCUUGGCCAAUAGAAUUAAUUAUUUCAAAGACCUCACUGGCGGAGGCUGGUUUCUUUUAUACUCAUAAAUCUGACAUGGUUGAAUGUUAUUCCUGUCAUGGAAAAAUUAAAGACUGGCAGAUUGGCGAUGACGCGUUUAAAGAACACAAACGACACUUCCCACGGUGUGCAUUAGUUCAAAAUAGUGUAAUGGAUGAGGACAUGGACGAAGUGGACGGCGCCAGUGUUAGUAGUAAAUACACAUUCAACCAGAAUAAUCGAACAUUAAUUAAUUCUCAACGUUUUACAGCACAAGAGUAUCAGACGGCACGAAUCGUUGAUACAAAUAAGACGCUUCAUCAUCGUCAACCACCUCAACUUAAACGAGCUCUGUAUCCACAGUAUUGUGAGGCCUCUGCACGGCGUAUCACAUUCAAAGAAUGGAAGGGUCAACAAAUACCCGUAAAUUUAGUGGAGGCUGGUUUCUUUUCAGUAGGGGAGCCAGAUCAGACAAAAUGUUUCUAUUGCGGUGGUGGGCUGCGUAGCUGGGAGACAAAUGAUGACCCUUGGAUUGAGCACGCUAAGUGGUUUCCAAAAUGUGAAUGGCUGAUACGCAAGAAAGGCGAAUCCUUCGUACGGAGGGUUCAGAAGGAAUUUUCUCGGAUGCAAAACCCAACCAAUCACUUAAGCGACCAGAAACACCAACAAAUGUCACCAAAUAGAAAUCAGCAGGGAACAUCUACAAAUAGACAAUCAGUGAAUAAAAAAAUAACUUUCGAGGAAGCUAUGAAAUCAGAAGCAGUCAAACAAAUUCUAGAAAUGGGUUUUGAUGUCAGUGCAGUUGGUGAGGUUGUCAAGGACAGACUGACAUCAACUGGUGAUGUCUUCAAAUCAGCUACAGAGUUAAUUGAUUCCGUAAUUAAAGCUACAGAGUCUCCUAGCAGUGUGACAAGCUCUACCCAACUUAGGCCUAAGUCUUGUGCAGAAUCUAUGUGCCACGAUGAGAACAUUUCUUCUGGGGGUGAUCAAUUAGAUUGCGAUGUCCCAGAAAAAUUACAGAGCAUGAUUGAGGAACUCCGUGAUAAGACGACGUGUAAAAUAUGUAUGGACGAUGACGCCUGCAUAGUCUUUGUUCCUUGCGGUCACCUUGUUACCUGUCUUUCCUGCUCCCCGUCUCUUUCUCUGUGUCCGAUUUGCAGAACUGAAAUCAAAAGUCAUCUUCAAGCUUAUUUCUAAAUCUAAACAUCAAAUUAGCUUGUUUUUAAAUCAUAGGCCUUAAAGUCUAUUUUUAAGUACUGUAUACCUUUUUUUAUAUAAAAAUGUGUAUAUAGGCCUAUGAAAAAGAUGAAAUAACAUUGUAUGCAGAUUAAUUCAAUGGCUAAGAUAGUACCAUGCUGUUAUAAUUUGCUCUCACUAGUUUUAGCCAGGGGUGGCUGCACUUUGGUGUCACCGUCGGGUAGCAAAACACAAUUCGUCGGGGAAAAGAAAAAAUGUUUUUGACAUAUUAGUAGACUCUAAAAUCGAAUAAAUAAGUCUAAAUUUUCAUAGUUUCAUGGGAGAUUCUCUCCUGGAUCAUUUUCUAAAGAUUUUGAGCGACAUCUGACUACGCCCAUUACGCUCCCGUCCCCCUCCCCAUUGGGGACAUCAGACCCCUCCGUUGGGCAAAUCCUGCAGCAACCCCUUGUUUUAGCACUCUCGGUAGGGUAUAUUUAAACUUAACGCUCAUAUUGCAAGUUGGCUUGCUUUGGUAGCUUUAUUUUAGACUUUGAUAUUUGAGCUGCACCGAUGAGUCCUCAAAGGACGAAACAAUGUUGUAAGGUGCACUGACGGCGAAUCAGAAUAUUCGGAUACAAAUGCCACUGAACCGAUCAGUAAAUCUGAUAAAUUGUAAGGAGGGACGCUGGCGUUCGGUGCACCUGAAAUGAGGUCGAUGAAUUUCGGUUCGGAUACUAUGUGAAUGCAGCUGUAUGCAAAAAUAUUUUAUGUAUAAUGAUUGAUUGAUUAGAUGAAUGAUUAUAUAUAAUAAAUAUAUAUGUAUAUAAUAAUACAUUAUUAAUUAUACUUAUUAGUAUUAUAAUUUAAUGAGUCUUAAUAGUACUUUUAUGUAAAUAGACGGCAGUUAAUCCUGAUAUCUUCAUUAGAUUAUAUUAUGAUAUACAGUA